UCCGAGAGGGCGGGGGAAUUCCUCCCGCUGGGCCUCUCGGAGCCCGUGGCUGAGUCAGCUUUACCCAGAAUUGAGUGCGGGCGGGCGCCCGGUGAAGUAGAAGUUUCUUGCUUCCUGGCAAGCAAGGACAACCCGGUGGGUGAACGCCACCGCAGAAGGAUGGCGGCUGCGGUGGGUCAGUCCGCCCCGGCGCACUCUCGAGCAGUCAGCGAGCUGUGCCAGAAUUCCCGGGAAACAUUUUUAGAGGCCUCCCGCUUGCUGCUUACCUAUGCGGAUAAUAUCAUCAGACACCCAAAUGAAGAGAAAUAUCGGUCUAUUAGGACUGGAAAUCAAACAUUUUCUACCAGAUUAUUGCCUGUCAGAGGAGCUGUUGAAUGUCUGUUUGAAAUGGGGUUUGAGGAAGGGGAAACUCAUCUUGUUUUUCCUAAAGAAGCAUCAAUUGAACAACUACGUAAAAUUAGAGACUUAAUUGCUGGAGAAAGAAAUAGCCGCUUGAAUGGAUCAAAUGAAACUGAAAGGUCAGGAUCCUCUCAGAAGGUAGAAAAUGGACAGCCUAUGGCACCUCAGCCACCAAGAAGUGUUGGCGCCAACUUAGACCCAACUUCUCAAUCUGCUGUAAUGACAACUGAAUCCGUUUUCCUGAAGACACUUCAGUCUAAUUUUCUACAUGUUAUGGUAUACGAGAACCCUGUUUUGCAAAAGAAAGCACUAGACUGUAUCCCAAUCCGAGAACUGAGAAAGAAGGCUCAAGAAAAGCUAAUACAAGCCAACAAAAUGGACAAAGGCUCCCUUGUGAAUGAAGAGGACAUUUUGUUGCUAGAACUCCUGAACUGGUUUAAAUGUGAUUUUUUUGAGUGGGUAAAUAAUCUUUCGUGCAGCAAAUGUGGAGGCCCAACAGAAGCAAAAGAGAAUUUGUCACCUAAUGAUGAUGAUCUGAGAUGGGAUGCAAGUAGGGUAGAAAAUCACUUCUGUAACCAGUGCCAGUUUAGCAAUAGAUUUCCAAGGUACAACAAUCCUGAGAAACUUCUGGAAACGAGACGUGGGCGUUGUGGAGAAUGGGCAAACUGUUUUACUCUCUGCUGCAGAGCUGUAGGAUUUGAAGCAAGAUACGUUUGGGACGCAACAGAUCAUGUGUGGACUGAAGUAUAUUCUUCAUCCCAGCAGAGAUGGCUUCACUGUGACCCUUGUGAAAACAUCUGUGAUAAACCCCUUCUGUAUGAGAUUGGAUGGGGGAAAAAACUGUCCUACAUCAUUGCAUUCUCUAAAGAUGAGGUUGUUGAUGUUACCUGGCGCUACUCUUGUAAGCAUGAAGAACUGCUCUUGAGAAGGAUACAAGUGAAAGAAGCAGUACUACGAGAAACUAUCAAUAAUCUUAACAAAGGGAGACAACAAUCGUUGACUGAAGACAGACGAAGGGAACUCUUACAGAGAAUAAUUGUGGAGCUUGUUGAAUUUAUUUCUCCUAAAACUCCUAAACCAGGAGAACUAGGAGGAAGGGUAUCUGGAUCACUAGCUUGGAGGCUUGCCAGAGGUGAAAUUGCUUUAGAGAGUAAAGAAGUUAUUUUUAUUCCAACUGCAAAAGAAAAGGCGUCUAAGCUUCUCCACCUAAGAUACAAUAUAGUGAAAGAUUACUACACACGAAUAUCCAAUAAUAAUGAAAAGAUUGCUGGAUGGGAGAAAGGUAUCUGGAAAAUGGACUCUUUGUGGAGAAAGAUUGAAUCAGACUGGAAAAUGGUUUAUUUAGCACGAAAAGAAGGAUCAUUGUCUGGUUACAUUGCCUGGAAGUUUGAGUGCGGCUCCGUUGGUCUAAAAAUAGAAAGCAUUUCGGUCAGGACAAGUGGUCAGACAUUUCAGAGUGGAAGAGUAAGGUGGCUGCUGCGCUCUGGAAACACUACAGUGGAUGUAAAUGGAGAUAAAAAUCUUCACUCCUACCCUGAUAUUUCUAACGUAACAGAUGUUAUCUUGGAAGCCGAACUAAGCGGAGGGGAUGGUGACAUUGCAUGGCAACACACACAGCUGUUUAGGCAAAGCUUAAAUGAGGGCAAGGAUUGUUUUGAGGUUAUUAUAAAAUUCAGUGAUCUUUGAGUAUCUGAACAGAUUCUUGACAAGACAUAUACAAAAAGAAAGGAUUUCUAGCAAUAAGUAUUUUUUUUAAAUCAUAUGAACACUGUUAGAAAGUCCUGUCUAAAACAUUGUGUUUUUCAUUGUGCAUCCAAGAAAAACUUAGAUUAUCACCCGGCAGAUAAGCUUUGAUCUUAUUCCUGCAUUAAGCAGGGGGUUGGACUUGAUGGCCUUAUAGGCCCCUUCCAACUUCACUUUUCUGUGAUUUCUAUGAUUUCAUAUGACUAUUGAGAGGAAAACGUUUUUGCAAAAUAUGAAUUACAUUUUGUUGAUGUGAACUACAGAGAAGGUCUGGACUCUUGUAAGUGUCCCAACAUGCAUCAGAUACUUACAUUUAAAAGUAGAAGGAUAGUGGCAUUUUUGCAUCCACAAAGCACCUUAAGUUUAGGUUGCAGUCCUAUGUUUACUGAUUUAGGAGGAAAUGCUGUUAAACAAAGUAGAUUUAUUCCUGAUUAAACAUGCAUAAGCUGCAUGUCAUUUUAAAGUUAGAAUUCCUAUUUUCUAAUGUUUAAUCUGUACUGGAAGGAGAGGAUUUUAAAAAAUGUAAAUGGAAUUUUAUUUCACUUAAAAGAAUAAGGAAAUUUUAACUUCUUUUAAUUCUGGACUUUGGAAUUUGAUUAUUUUAAAAACCUCAUGGGAUGUUUGGAUUUGCUUGUAAUUUUAUAGUAAACAAUUUAUUGUAUUCAGAAUAUUAAAGUACUGUUAUGGAGCUAUGGAAAAAAA